AUGGCCACUUCGUUCGGUAUUCCGUAUGACGUGAAAACUGAUCCUCUUCAAGAACUACGGGCUUUCAAAGCUGCGAUGGUCGACGCUAAGACGAAUCCGGAUUGGCGUACUGGUCGCCAUAUUGAACGCCAGCGUUGGAAUCCGUACUCGUUCGAGGGAGGGUCUACAUGUGCUCUGUCUGGUGAGAAUUUUGCGAUUGUGGCCAGUGAUACCCGUAUGUCACAGAUGGAAAUCAACGUCAUCACAAGAGACGCAGAGAAAGUGCAUGUUUUGAAUGACUCUGUGAUAUUGGCAACGUCGGGUUUCUACGGCGAUGUUCUUCAGCUUAAGCGUGUGCUACAGGCUCGUCUUCACAAGUACCGUUUCGAUUAUCGUACAGACAUGAGUGUUGACCUAAUGGCAGAACUUCUUUCAAGGAAUCUGUACUACAGACGUUUCUUCCCCUAUUAUACGGGUUCCAUUUUGGCUGGAAUCGAUGAGAACGGUAAAGGCGCUGUGUUUAGUUAUGACCCAAUUGGAUGCAUUGAAAGGAUUGCAUACGCAGCUACAGGAGCUGCCGAAUCGAUGAUUAUUCCUUUCCUAGACUGCCAAAUCGGUCAUGUAACAUUGUCUGAAGAAGCCGAAAAGUUGCCACUAACACUUCAAAGAGCUACUUCACUGAUAAAGGAUGCCUUUCGUACAGCAGCUGAGCGUGAAAUCUCCACAGGUGAUAAAAUUCAUCUGGUUAUCGCAGAGAGCGGAAAGCCUAUCCAGCAGACCUACAUUCCUCUUCGUGAGGACUAA